UAGAUAGCAAAGAGAGGGGAGGAGAGGGAGAGAAAACCCUAAGCCGCCGCUACAAUGGUGAAGUUUCUCAAGCCCAACAAGGCCGUCAUAAUCCUCCAAGGCCGCUAUGCAGGUCGCAAAGCAGUGAUCGUGAAGCACUUCGAUGACGGAACAAGAGACCGUCCAUAUGGGCACUGUUUAGUGGCAGGAAUCAAGAAGUACCCAAGCAAGGUUAUAAAGAAGGAUUCAACCAAGAAAACAGCAAAGAAAUCGAGGGUCAAGUGUUUUAUCAAGCUUGUCAACUACCAACAUCUGAUGCCGACAAGGUAUACCUUGGAUGUGGAUUUGAAGGAUGUUGUCACUGCAGAUAGUUUGACUACAAAGGAUAAGAAAGUUACUGCUUGCAAGGAUACAAAGGCAAGGUUCGAGGAGCGUUUUAAGACUGGAAAGAACCGUUGGUUUUUUACCAAGCUGAGGUUUUGAAGUAUGCAAAAUGGUGUCGGUUUUGAGGUUUUUGUUUUAGGUUUAAUGUUUUAUUUCGAGACAUUAAGAAGUACUGUUAAGGUUAUGUUGUGUCUUAUGGAACUAAUUUGGAUCUGUUUGGAUUUAGUUGUUUUCGGGAUUACUAAUAUAUAUCGCAAUUUUAAAUGCUGGUGUUUU